UGUGAGCCGCUCUUCAGGUCACUCUGCUCGGCCCCGUCUGCGCUGACAGCUCCCGACGAGCCGGUACACACGCGGAGGCACACGAACACGGCAGCACACCGGGACCGUAAAACCGCUUUUGACCACCUUAUUUUUUUUUUACACUAACGCCUUUCUAAGAAAACUGUAAUAAGAAUAUGGUGGCUAUUUGAGAAAGGAAAACAAAACAACAAAAAAAGAAGAUGGCACAGAGAGACACGCUGCUGCAUCUCUUCGCCGGGGGAUGUAGUGGUACGGUGGGAGCCAUCGUGACCUGCCCUCUGGAGGUGUUGAAGACACGGCUGCAGUCCUCUGGCCUGACCCUCCGGCCUGUCUUCCAGGUCCAGCUGGGCACCCUGAGUGGCACCGGGGUUAUCCGACCAGGAACUGUGACACCUGGGCUGCUGCAGGUCUUAAGAUCAAUUCUUGAAAAAGAAGGACCAAGAUCUCUUUUCCGAGGACUGGGGCCGAACCUUGUUGGUGUGGCACCUUCAAGAGCCAUUUACUUUGCUGCUUACUCAAAGUCUAAAGAGAUGUUCAAUGGGAUGUUUGUCCCUAACAGUGGACUGGUGCACAUGUCCUCUGCAGGUGCUGCAGCUUUUGUUACCAACUCUCUGAUGAACCCCAUCUGGAUGGUCAAGACCAGAAUGCAGCUGGAGAAAAAAGCCAGGGGCGAGAAGAAGAUGAAUGCACUGCAGUGUGCUCGAUAUGUUUACAAAAUGGAGGGAGUCCGGGGCUUCUACCGCGGCCUGACUGCGUCGUACGCCGGCAUCUCGGAGACCAUGAUUUGCUUCCUCAUCUAUGAGACGCUGAAGAAACAGCUGGCCAAGAGCCAGUUCGCCUCACCGAAUGGAGAAAAUGAGAAAGGAGCGUCGGACUUCCUGAGCCUGAUGAUGGCAGCUGCUUUUUCAAAGGGUUGUGCAUCGUGCAUAGCCUACCCACAUGAGGUCAUUCGGACGAGGCUGCGUGAGGAGGGCAGCAAGUACAAGUAUUUCUUCCAGACGGGGAGGUUGAUAGCGGUGGAGGAAGGCUAUGCAGCUUUUUAUAGAGGACUCAUUCCACAGCUAAUCAGGCAAAUCCCCAACACAGCCAUUGUCCUCUCAUCGUAUGAACUCAUUGUCCAUCUGCUGGGAGAUUCCAAGUGAAGACAUGUUUGAAAAGUUGGGAUGUUCCCGACAAACAAUAAAUGCCACAUAAAAAAAAACAACCCAAGACACACUGGGCAAGAGACUUUUGAAAACGCAGCACAUGCAUAUUUUUGAUGUGGUGCGACAGAGACUGUUGUGGUGGAACUGAAGCAGGUUGUACUGUUAUCCAAAGAGCUAAACCUAUUAUUUUAUUGAGCGCUUCUUAGGAGUUUAUUUUAAAAAAACGCAAGCAGUCAUGGUACUUACUGAAACUCCAAACCUGUGAAAAAGGUCAUCUUCUUAGAGGACUAGUUUUAAGUUAACUAAAUUAUUUUUGUUUUGUUAUUUCACGACAGUGUUUGUUUCCUUUUAUCAGUGGUAAACGUUCCAGCACACGCGACUGGGCAGGUUGACUCGAUUCAUAAAUGAAGGGAUAUAUUUCAGAAGCAGUGCUAGCAAUAGCGUUGUUCUUAGCGUUGUAAGGACUGCACAGACUAUUUUGAGAUUACUGUUGUACUCUGACAAAUACAAUCUGCUGGAUUUGAAGUUUGAGUUACAGAGAAAUUUAUCAUAUUUUUCAUUAAUAUAUAUAUAUAUAUAUAUAUGAAUACAGGCAUAUCUGUAUGUUUUCUUUGUGAAAAAGAUGGUCACCUUUUACAAUAUAAUGACAGCUUGGAUGCGUAUUUGACCAGUGGCUCAAUAAAGUGCAUCGAAAAACGACA